AUGCUUUUCUGGCUUGCCUGCAUUGCUGCUGCAUGGAAUGUUGCGUGUGCCUCCAGUUCGCCCUUUCGUGUGCCAACCUCGCGUAAGAUCGAGAGAUUGAAAAGGCAUUGCAACCGUUUGACGGCGCUGCAAAAGCAAAUCAGGUUUGCGCCGCUGGACAGCUUCACACUUGGUGAUAAGACAUAUAAGCUUCCACUUAAAGCAGUUCCUCCGCCAUCACAUAUCCCAGCUCAACAAGAGCUUGAAUAUUUAGUUGGCUUCUUUGAUGGAGAUGGGUGUGUGACCAUGAUCAAGCAAAGGGGUUCUAUUUCGUUGAGGGUCGGCCAAGCUUUGGACUCUGCAAGCGUGCUGAUGCGCUUCCGAGACAGUCUCGGAGGCGGAAUUUAUCUAGAAAGAGUCCGAACAGGAGCACAACAAGCAUCGCUACAAUGGGUCGUUUGCAGCACAACCAUGCAGCACGCAGCUCGGGUGCUGUGCAAAGUUCCCUCCAUGCAGCGGGCACAACUCCAGAUAGCAGCAGCUGGGACAAUUAUAGAAGCAGAUAGAAGUGAUGUGGCACAGAAGCUAAAACAGUUGAAGCAGAAUGACCACGUGCCUGCACGUUUCCAUUGCUCGUGGCCCUACUUUGCUGGUUUCUUUGAUGCGGAGGGCUCGAUUUCUGUUGGCGGAUGUGCUGGGCUUCAGCUAAAAGUGUGGCAAAAGAAUCCAUUCGUUUUGCAGGAAUUGCACUCCUUCCUACACUCGCGUGAGUUGACCAAGUGGAGACUUCGAUUAAUGAGCGGCGGUGGCAACGCCCUCGAGUGCACACAACUUGCAACUUGCAAACUGACGCUGCGGCACCUGUUGGAUGCUGGCCUUGAGGUCAAGCAAAGACAGGCAGCUCUAGCUCUUUCGCUCACGUUUGACAAUCACAAACAAGUUCGAGACAAAGUUCUUGCAUUGAAUGGCCUCCAAAACAAGAAUGAUAUCCUUGAUGAUGCAGGCAUCGAGCGUGCCAAAGAAAUUAAAUCGCUCUAUGAAAAAUGCCGUAGAGCCUCCUCCCAACAAGAGUGGGAGUUGCUGCAGGCGAAGCUUGAAGCUCUUCGAGAAGAGCACGAGCUGGAAAAGUUGAUCACCAAGUGCGUGCGCCUACGUGGCAGCAUUCGGCACUCACUUCAGAUGGACGGAGGUUUCAUGUUGCCCAGUUGA